GUCUCUCUCACACUUGAUUUAUAAUUACACUCGGAAAACCCACGAAAUUUUCUCUCCCUCUCCGCUAUGCUCAUAAUUUUCCCGGAAAUUUUCCAGCUUUAGAUUCUCUCUCCCUCUUGCUCCAAUGGCGGCCGUUGCUUCUCUGUCUUUUUCGGCGCUCAGUCAAUGCUCUGAUAGAAAAUCGGUCGUCUCGCCCGCUCGCAAUUUGGGUUCCAACGCCGAAGGCAUUCGAUUCCGUACGAGCAUUUCCAGCCAUUACGGUGGAAUUCGAGCUUCGAGUUGGAGCUCUCGCAUGGUGGUUCAUUGCAUGGCAGGGUCGUCAGAUAGUCCGACUGUGGCGGAUACAAAGUUGAAUUUUUUGAAGGCGUAUAAGCGACCAAUCCCUAGCGUUUACAACAGUGUGCUACAGGAGCUGAUUGUCCAGCAACAUUUGAUGAAGUACAAGAGGACAUACCGGUAUGAUCCUGUGUUUGCUCUUGGUUUUGUCACUGUAUACGAUCAACUCAUGGAUGGAUAUCCCAGCGAUGAGGAUCGAGAGGCAAUCUUCCAAGCGUACAUUAAAGCUUUAAAUGAGGACCCGGAGCAAUACAGAACUGAUGCACAAAAGUUGGAAGAGUGGGCUCGGGCACAAACUUCCAGUUCAUUAGUGGAGUUUCCAUCCAGAGAAGGAGAAGUUGAGGCAGCACUGAAGGACAUUGCAGAAAGGGCAGCAGGCAAAGAAAGUUUUAGCUACAGUCGUUUCUUUGCUAUUGGGCUUUUUCGUCUUCUUGAGGUGGCAAAAGCAACUGAACCAACAGUAUUAGAAAAGUUAUGUGCAGCCUUAAACAUUGACAAAAGAAGUGUGGACCGGGACCUUGAUGUGUACCGCAAUCUGCUUUCCAAGCUGGUUCAGGCCAAAGAACUGCUAAGGGAAUAUGUGGCCAGGGAGAAGAAGAAAAGAGAAGAAAGGGCGGAAACACAAAAGGCCAGUGAAACGGUUACGAAAUGUUUGGGGGAUUAUGUUUGCCAGUAAUCGGAGUGGUCCUUCAAAGCUGAUCACUCUCUGCGAAGCUGAAGAUCCCCAAAUCUUUAAGGUUUUUGAGGUAGAGUUGGAGUUUUUACGCUUAGGCACAUACCUUUCAUCAGCUUGUACGCUUGCAGUUUUAGCAUAUUGCUUGCAGUGGUGAUCCAGCAACAGCCCAUGUACCGACGUGUCUUAAAUAUUUGUUUCUCAUCGGUUAUCUUUUGUAACUACAAUUCUCGAUUUGGAAUAUUUGGAUCGAGUUCCCCAUAGUAAAGCUAAUUUUCAUUGUU